CGAUGGACGCCGUGGUGAUCCUGGUGCUCGGUGUCUCCUGUCUGCUUCUCCUCUCACUCUGGAGACAGAGCUCGGGGAGAGGGAAGCUUCCCCCCGGCCCCGCUCCUCUCCCACUCGUUGGAAACAUCCUGCAGAUAGACGUCAGAGACAUCAGCAAGUCCUUCGCCAGUUUCUCCAAAGUCUACGGCCCCGUGUUCACCUUGUACUUCGGCACGAAGCCCACCGUGGUGGUGCACGGAUACGAGGCGGUGAAAGAAGCCCUGGAUGGUCACGGAGAAGAGUUUUCUGGGCGAGGCAGUUUCCCCAUUGUCGAGAAAACCAACAGCGGCCGCGGAAUCCUUUUCAGCAACGGAAGGAAAUGGAAAGAGAUCCGGCGCUUCUCGCUGAUGACCCUGCGAAAUUUUGGGAUGGGGAAGAGGAGCCUGGAGGACCGCAUUCAGGAGGAAGCGCGCUGCCUGGUGCAGGAGCUGAGAGGGACGCGCGGCUCGCCCUGUGAUCCCACCUUUAUCCUGGGCUGCGCUCCCUGCAAUGUGAUCUGCUCCAUUAUUUUCAAGAAGCGCUUUGAUUAUAAAGAUGAGGAUUUUCUUAUUUUGAUGGAAAAAUUGAAUGAAAACUUCAAGAUUUUGAACACCCCGUGGAUGCAGGUCUGCAAUGUUUUCCCUGCUUUUAUUGAUUAUCUCCCUGGGAGCCAUAAAAAAGUACUUAAAAACUUUGCCUACAUAAAAAGUUAUGUUUUGGAGAAAGUCAAAGAGCAUCAAGAAUCCUUGGACAUUCACAAUCCUCGGGACUAUAUUGAUUGUUUCCUGAUCAAAAUGGGACAGGAAAAGCACAAUCAGAAUUCUGAAUUUACUACUGAAAGCUUGAUGGCCACUGUAACUGACCUGUUCAUAGCUGGAACAGAAACGACAAGCACCACCCUGAGAUACGGACUCUUGCUCCUGCUAAAGCACCCAGAGGUCACAGAGAUUGGUCUCAAUGACUUCCAACAUUUCUAUCCUCUCAACUUCUUUAUCUCUCAUUUUCAGGGAACAGCUUUAAUAACAUCACUGACUUCUGUGUUACAUGAUGACCAAGAAUUCCCUAAUCCAGAGAUAUUUGACCCUGGCCACUUUCUGGAUGAGAAUGGCAACUUCAAGAAAAGUGACUACUUCAUGCCUUUCUCAAUAGGAAAACGGAUGUGUGUGGGAGAGGGGCUGGCUCGUAUGGAGCUGUUCUUGUUCCUGACAACCAUUUUACAGAGUUUUAAUCUGAAAUCCUUGGUUGACCCAAAGGACAUUGAAACCAUCCCAAUUGCUAAUACAUUUGGCCAUGUACCACCUUUGUACAAGCUACGCUUUAUUUCUGUCUGAAGAGGGGCACGAUGCCUGGGUACUUUUGUGCUGUCACCUGCAGCUUUGUCUCAACAGGAGAUAAUCCAUCUCCUUCCCAUCAUUAUGUGCACCUUCCUUCAGCUCUCCUCUUACAUUUUGUCAGUCCUUCGUAAUCCAGUGAACAGCCGACCCUCACUGAGGAGAAUAUUGUGGUCACUACACAAGAAAACCACAAUCCUCUACACUCUGCAGCAACUGUGUUGAAUACUACAAGUGCUAAUACUUACCUAAUGCUAAAUUAUUGGAAUUAUCUCAUUGUUAAACAACAAAUGACUUAAUUAUUAUCAAAUCUCAUUAUUAAGUGAUCUUAUUAUUAAACAUAUGGUUUAAUAUGACAA